AUGUAUUUGAACAGCAGAAAUAACGCUGUCAACACAGAGAGGAGUAAGAGGAACAUCAAAGGGAAAACAUGGACUCACUUGAAGACAGCGCCACGCCAGGAAGAGAUCUUCACCCUGAUGUCCCCAAAAGUGAAGGAGAAUUUGGAGACAAGGGAAAACACAGGAGAGGAGAAGGAGGUGAUGCAGCUCACUGCGUAUGGGAAGGCCUUUUAUGAUCUGACUCAUUCAGAGAAGGUGAUGAAUGAUCUGGCAUUUGGACGGCGGGUGGGGCUUUACGAGCUGAGAGGAGAGAUCGGCUCCGGAAACUUCUCCCAGGUCAGACUGGGUAUACAUGACCUGACCAAAGAAAGAGUUGCAGUAAAAAUUCUGGAUAAGGUGCGUCUGGACAAGAGAUCGCAAGCUCUUUUCGCCUCUGAAAUCUCUUGCAUGGAGAAGCUGGCUCACCCCAACAUAGUGCGCCUGUAUGAGGUGCUGGAGACGCUCAAGAGGCUCUACCUGGUGAUGGAGUAUGCCAGCGGAGGAGAGCUUUUCUCCCGGAUCAGCACCAGGGGGCGCCUGUCAGACCUGGAGAGCAAACUCGUGUUUUCACAAAUCCUGUCUGCAGUCAAACACAUGCAUGAUAAUAACAUAGUCCACAGGGACCUGAAGGCUGAGAACAUCUUCUACACCAACACAUACUGCAUUAAAGUGGGUGACUUUGGUUUCAGCACGUCCUGCCGCCCCAAUGACGUCCUUCACACGUUCUGUGGCUCUCCACCGUACGCAGCCCCUGAGCUGUUCAAAGAGAAAGGUUACAUGGGUCAGUAUGCAGAUAUUUGGGCGCUGGGUAUCUUGCUUUAUUUCAUGGUGACCGCCACUAUGCCCUUCAAAGCCACUAACACAAACAGGCUCAGGUCUUGUAUCCUGCAGGGCUCCUAUACCAUUCCUCCUCAUGUACCGCGACCAUGCGGGGAGAUCAUAAAGGCCCUCCUGAGGCCGGUUCCUGCGGAUCGCUUCACUAUAGAGCAGAUAAUGGACAGCGACUGGAUGAGAGGCCCAGCUCUCCAGUUCGAACCCAUUAACUUUCUCACUCUGAGGAGCGCCACCCUGAAUAUAAAGAGGCCUGAGGAGUUGCUGUAA